AAUCUGAUGAUCUAAUUCAAUUUGUUCCAUUAGUCAUACGUUAAACAAUUAUUGCAUUUUGAUUUUUAAUUAUCGUAUGCUAUUAGAAUAUAUCCAGCUGUUAAUACUUUAUCAAUACAUUUUAGAAUUGACUUUAUUUCAUUUUAACAACACAUCGUUAGACUUAUGCUAGCGAUGAGAGAAAUGUUUGUUUGUAUUGGUAAACUUCUGUAUCAACGGUGUAUAGUGUUAUUUGUAAAUAAUGAGUGAUAAAGUUAAUGAUUAUUCUUCAUCUGAUGAUGAAUUUACUAAACAAGCUUUGAAGGAAGCAACAGAUCAAGAAUUCUUCACAAAUUCACUGUUCAAAGCCAAGAAAGCAGAAGGAAAACAUGAAAGUGAAAAAGCAACAAAUUCUGAUGAAAACUUGGAAAAGCAGUUGAAACCUUCGUUAAGAAUAAAUCCUCAUCGAGUUGAUAAUUUUCAUAGUUUUGGAGUUACUCAAAGUUAUAAAGAUUAUGUUGCUAAAAAGUUAUCAGAAAUUCUCGACAGAGAAAUAGAAAUCGAAGACGUUGAGAAUAAGGAAGAACACGAAUCUUCAGAAAAUAAGGUUAAUCUAGUAGGAAUAAAAUUAUUAAAAACAUCAGCACAUAUUUUAACUGGUGAUGAGAUAGAAGAGCAAAAAGUAUUGAGCAAGAGAAAACGACCAUCAAUACAUUCUGAAAAAACAACAGAAAUUUUAUCGAAGUGUAGAGAAGCUGCUGUAGAUCCAGAAAAAAUUAUUUCAAAACUGGAAGUUCAAUCAUGGGAUGAAAGACAAAGAGGUACUGUUUUUAAGUAUAAAAAAUUAGCCGAUGGAUCUCUGAUUGAAAGGUGAUCGAAUUUUAUGUUAAAACAUAAAUUAAAAAGC